AGAGCGCAGCGGACAAUGGCGGCGGAUAGCGAACAACCGAUUUUCACCUGCCAGGCGCACGUCUUCCACAUUGACCCGAAGACGAAGCGCACCUGGAUCACGGCCAGCAUGAAGGCGGUCAACGUGAGCUUCUUCUACGACAGCUCGAGGAAUCUGUACCGCAUCAUCAGCGUGGAGGGCACCAAGGCUGUGAUAAACUCCACGAUCACGCCCAACAUGACCUUCACCCAGACCUCCCAGAAGUUCGGCCAGUGGAGCGAUGUGCGGGCGAACACGGUGUACGGUUUGGGAUUCGCCUCCGAGGCGGAAUUGACAAAGUUCGUCGAAAAGUUCCAGGAGGUCAAGGAGGCCACCAAGAAUGCCAUGAAAUCCGCUAACGGCUCCAAUGCCGUUACACCCACCACCUCGGCCAACACGUCGCCCAUUUCCGGGCGAGCAGUAGGCUCCAUGCAGAACGACAACACAGCCAUCGAUCCGCACACCGUGGAGCCGCCCAACAUGAGCAAUACAAAUACCCAGAAUGCCAAUCCGGAUAGUCCCUCCCACAAGCUGCUUAAUACCAGCGAUGUCAAGCCGGACAUCGGAUCGGCCACGCCCUCGCCGCAGCCCACUUCGGGGGGAACUGCAGUCGGAGGCGUUGGCGGAGUAACCAUCUCGUCGGGCGGAAGCAUUGUGGGCAUGCACACGGGGCCGGGAGCGGGCGCCACCGCUGAGCAGCAGCUAAAGUACGAAAACGAGCGCCUGAAAAUGGCCUUGGCACAAAGCUGCGCCAAUGCCAAGAAAUGGGAAAUCGAGCUGGCUACCUUGAAGAACAACAACAUUCGCCUGACCAGUGCUCUGCAGGAAUCCACUGCCAAUGUGGACGAAUGGAAGCGGCAGCUGCACACUUACAAGGAGGAAAAUAUUCGCCUAAAACGGGAUAUGGAGCAGCUUUGCGUGGGCGGAGGUGGGGUGCCUGCAACCGGCGGAGGAGGUGCCGCGGAAGACGAGUUACGACGCGAGGUAGCCACGCUUAAGGCGCGAACGGAACAACUGCAGAAGGAACUCUUGCAACAAGAAAUUGAGCUGAAAUCGGCCAACCUAAGUCUACGCGAAAAGUCCAAUGAUCAGACGCUUGCCAAGUUAAGCGAGUUAAACGUGGUGUUUGCCAAACAACUUUCGGAGCUGUAUGGAGUGCAGAAGGAUAUGGAGAGUGUUAUACAACUAGCCAAGUGCACUUGAGACACAGAGUUGGCGGUUAUUCGAAAGGUUUCAGCGCAGGAACAGACUACAAUGAUCAACACUACAACGACAUCAUCGACAACAGGAAGCACGACUAGUAAACGUUAUUUAAGCAACUUUCCAACGGCCGAGGCAGAGAGCACGCUCUCAAACGUCACCUCCAUCCACACCCAGCUGCAGUCGUCGCUUUACGAGACUCAGAACACGGCCCAGCUGAAGGCCAUAGACAAACACUCGGCCUUGCUCCAGGAGCUCCAUCAGCGGCAGGCGGCACCCAGGCGCAAUUCUGCCUCCGCUGAAGCAGCUGCUGCAGCUGCAUCCGGGUCUGGUGGGGCCAAAACAGCCACAAUACUCGUAUCCAAAUCAAAAACCAAAACCGGGCUGCCCCUGUUGCUGAAGAAUUCCAUUAACAAUUAGAGAAAAGUUUGUAUACAAGGACAGCUCUAGGAGAGAACCCGCUUUCUCCCACAAACCUCCCCCUCCCCCUAGCUUUAGGCCUAAUUUGUGUGUAUCGUAACCUUUUUGGUAACUUCGAAUGGAAAACAGAAAAAACCUAUGCCCAGUAUUUUCGACAAAAUUGUUCGCGUCCUUGUGGCACUUCUGUAAGUCUUAAACGAUUCAUUCUAGUGCGCAUUCAAGUGCAAUAUACAUUUAUCUCUAGUAUUUAAAUGUAAUAAUGAUAUUAUGUGCUCUAUACACUUUCAGAUGAUUGUUAAUUAAUUUUUAAUUAGAGCUUGCUAACAAAUACUCCCCGAAAAUCAUUUUCCAAAGAAAAAUCCAAGCAUUUCUGAACAAGUGUCACAAAGAUUAUUUUGUAAAUGUGCUCGAACUUUUUAUAGUAUUUUUAGAAGAAACCUUUUGUAUUCUCUAAAUCCUAGGAAUAAAAUUUUAAUGUUUAUUUAUUGAAUUGUA